AUGUCUGACAACGAGCCAAUUGCCGUCAUCGGCAGCGCAUGCCGCUUCCCAGGAGAUUCCUCCUCCCCCUCCAAGCUCUGGGAUCUCCUCAAAGCCCCCCGCGAUUUGUUGACCAAAGUCCCCUCUAACCGCUACAACGCUGAUGCUUUCUACCACGCCGACUCCAAGCACCACGGCACCACCAAUGUGCGCCACUCGUACUUCCUCAACGAGGACCCCGCCAGCUUCGACAAUAACUUCUUCAACAUCCAGCCCGGCGAGGCUGAGGCUAUCGAUCCCCAGCAGAGACUGCUCAUGGAGGUUGUGUAUCAGGGCCUCUGCGCUUCUGGGCAGACUAUUGAGGGGCUUCGUGGGUCGUCUACUUCUGUUUAUGUUGGUGUUAUGUGUGAUGAUUGGAACGGUAUUCUCACCCGUGAUUUGGAGGUGUUUCCGCAGUAUGGUGCUACAGGUAUGGCGAGGAGUAUCAUGUCGAAUCGUAUCUCGUACUUUUUUGACUGGCAUGGGCCGUCUAUGACGAUUGAUACGGCUUGUUCUUCGAGUUUGGUAGCUGUUCAUCAGGCUAUUCAGACUUUGAGAAGUGGAGAGUCGGAAGUCGCCAUUGCAGCUGGAGCCAAUCUCAUUCUCACCCCAGGUAUGUAUGUCGCUGAGAGCAAGCUGUCCAUGUUGUCCCCAUCAGGUAGGUCCAAAAUGUGGGAUCAAGACGUAAACGGCUACGCCCGAGGCGAAGGCAUCGCCGCCGUCGUCCUCAAGCCUCUCAGCGCCGCGAUCCGCGACAACGACCACAUCGACUGUAUCAUCCGCGCCACAGGCGUCAACCAAGACGGUCGCACCCCUGGUCUUACCAUGCCCAGCGCCACAGCCCAAGCAGACCUCAUCCGCAGCACGUAUACCCGCGCGGGUCUCGAUAUCAACAAGCCCGAGGACCGGCCUCAAUUCUUCCACGCCCAUGGUACAGGAACACCCGCUGGUGAUCCCCGUGAAGCUGAAGCUAUCUACCGGGCGUUCUACUCGGACGUUAAGGAUGAUAAGCUUUAUGUUGGGUCGAUCAAGACUGUGCUGGGGCAUACCGAGGGUACGGCUGGGCUUGCGAGUUUGAUUGGGACGGCGCUCGCAAUUCAGAACAAGACUAUUCCGCCGAAUAUGCACUUUGAUGUUUUGAAUCCAAAGAUCAAGCCGUUCUAUGAUAACUUGGAGGUUCCGACUAAGGCUAUUGCUUGGCCUGAGACGCAUCAGGGACAACCUCGACGAGCUAGCAUUAACAGCUUUGGUUUUGGUGGUACCAAUGCUCAUGCCAUUAUCGAGGCCUACGAGCCCAGCACUACUGAGAACACCCCUGGUCCACUGUUCAGCCCAUUGAUCUUUUCCGCUUCAUCCGAGCCAUCUCUGCGAUCUCUACUCUCAUCUUACUCAGAGUAUCUCAAAUCCAACCCAGGGCUAUCUCUGAAAGACCUCGCAUACACUCUUCAAACAAGACGCUCGACCCUCGCCUAUCGCGUCGCCAUCACAGCUUCCUCCACAGAAGACGCCUACACCCAGCUCGACGCCAUCGAAAACGGUGAACAAGCCAGUACCAUCGGUGUUCGCCAGGUCAGCAAGGCCUCACCCAAGAUCAUGGGUGUCUUUACAGGUCAGGGAGCGCAAUGGCCACGAAUGGGCGCGAGACUUGUCGAAGAGUCUGCAUUCGCGUCAAAGCGACUUUCUGAGCUUGACGAGGCAUUGUCAAGUCUUCCCAAGGAUGAUCGACCUUCUUGGACUCUGCGGGAGAUGAUUCUUGCGGAUUCCAAGUCCUCGAGGAUCGCUGAGGCUGCUAUUUCUCAGCCUUUGUGCACUGCUGUCCAGGUUGUUUUGGUUGAUCUUCUUCGACAGGCUGGUGUUGAGCUCUCUGGUGUUGUUGGCCAUUCUUCUGGUGAGAUUGGAGCUGCUUAUGCGGCUGGUCUCCUUACAGCACGAGAUGCCAUCCGAGUCGCCUAUUACAGGGGUCUCUACGCCAAGCUCGCUCAAUCUCCUAACGGUUGCAAGGGCGCCAUGAUGGCUGUUGGAACUACCUUCGACGACGCAUCAGAGUUCUGUGAGCUCGACGCUUUCCAAGGUCGAAUCCAAGUCGCCGCCAGAAACUCUUCCUCCAGCAUCACUCUGUCCGGUGACGAGGAUGCUAUCGUCGAGGCCAUCGAGACCUUCAAAGACGAAGGCAAGUUCGCUCGUCAAUUGAAGGUCGACACAGCUUAUCACUCGGCUCAUGUCCUGCCAUGCGCCAAGCCAUACCUCGAAGCCAUGGAGAGAUGCCAGAUCGAGAGCGCUACUCCCACUGCGACAAAGUGGUACUCCAGUGUUCAUGAUGGCCAGGUCAUGACUGCUGAGCUACUUACUCCCCAGUAUUGGGCCGAUAACAUGACCAGCGCUGUACUGUUUUCUCCUGCUGUAGAACACGCCUGGCAGGAAGGUGGCCCGUAUGACCUGAUCAUUGAAAUUGGUCCUCAUCCAGUACUCAAGACUCCCUGCCUUGACACACUCGAAGACAUGAUCGGAGAUCGACCUCCUUACUCUGGUGUCCUGGGUCGCGGCAAAGAUGACAUUCAGCAAUUCUCCAACGGUCUUGGCUUUAUCUGGACUCAACUCGGUGCAGGAUCAGUUACCUUUGAGCGCUUCGAGAAGGUCGCAUCCGACUCCAAGACUGUCCCUUCUUUCAUCCAUGACCUCCCCAACUAUCCCUUCGACCACGCAAGACAGUUCAUGUCCAUGUCGAGGGUAUCUGGAUGGUACAACAGCAUGCGGGAAGCUCCUCAUCCCAUUCUGGGAAGACGAUGCCAUGAUCGCGAGACAUCACAGACGAUUCAUUGGCGCAACGUUCUGAACCCCAAGGAGAUCCCUUGGCUGCACGGUCAUCAGAUCCAGGGGCAGAUCAUCUUCCCUGCUACUGGGUAUAUCUCUAUGGCUGUUGAGGCUGUCAAUAUCAUCGCGGAGUCAAAUCUCGGGCUUGUCACCAUUGAGGAUCUUCGCGUUGGUCGAGCCCUUGCUUUCAGCGAUGAUGACGCAAGUGUCGAGUCGACGUUUGACCUGCGAAUCAUCAGCCGCUCUGAAAAGGAGAUUGAAGCUGAGUUCUCAUGUUACUCCGGCCAUCCUCAGAAUCACACGACAAGCAUGGUUCUGAACGCAACUGCUCGCGUCAAGGCUUCCCUCUCUGCACCAACCCCUCACGAACUCCCAAACAUCAAAGUCGACGAGUUUAAUCUUCGUGAGGUUGAAGUUGAUAGAUUCUACGACUUCCUCGGUCGUCUUGGAUACAACUACUCCUGGCCCUUCCACGGUACCACCAAUAUUCGCCGAAAAGCAAACUAUGCGACAGGUACUCUGGAGGAUCAGUCUGGUUCAGAGUGGGAAGAUCAACUCCUCGUUCACCCUGGCAUGCUGGAUACUGCUCUCCAGACCACCUUCGUCGCGCUCUGCUGUCCAGGUGAUCAGCGCAUGUGGGCUCUUCACUUGCCUACGAGCUUCCGCUCCAUCGUCAUCAACCCCUACUUCACCUCUGCCGGUAUCGGAAAGCAGAAGAGCUUCCAGUACCAGUCCGUCGCUAUCGAGGAGACGAAGGCCUCCAAGAUCGUUGUUGAACUGGACUUGCUCUCUGAAGAGACUGGCGAUACCUUCCUCCAGAUCGAAGGCAUGGAGAUCGUUCCUUUCUCGCCUGCCACUCCAGAGAACGACGCCGUUUUGUUCUCUCGCUUUGACUAUAGACUUGCCAACCCUGAUGGUGAACUCACGGCUGCUGAGUAUUGUUUCAGAGAUGAAGAUUACAAGAUAGCUCUCGACUCUGAGCGCAUUGCCUUCUACUACCUUCGUCGUCUUGUUGAGACUAUUACUCCUGAGGAGAAGGCCAAUACUCUUCCUCACUACCAAUAUCUUUUAGAUUGGGCGGCACAUGUUGUCUCUCAGGUCAUCAACGGGCGCAAUCCUCACGUCCCCUCGAAUGCUCAGAAGGAUACCCAUGAGGACAUUCAGAAAACCAUCAAGAAGCGCUAUGAAGCUGUUGACGUUCGUCUUCUCGAAUCAGUCGGCGAGAAUCUCCCUCAGGUCAUUCGCGACAGCGGCAACAUUCUCGAGCAUAUGACAAAGGAUAAUAUGCUUGACGAUGUUUACGAGGACGGCUUUGGUCUUGAUCUUGUGAACAAGUACAUCGCGCACAUGACAGCUCAGAUCGCACACCGAUACCCUCGCAUGAACAUCCUCGAGAUUGGUGCCGGAACCGGUGGUGUAACCCGAGAGAUCCUCCCCCGUCUGGGUUCAGCGUUCUCAACAUACACCUACACCGACGUCUCGGGCGGUUUCUUUGACACAGCCCAAGAGCGCUUCAAGGACUUCGCCGACCGCAUGAUCUUCAAGACCUUUGACAUGAACAUGAGCCCUGGCUCUCAAGGCUUCACCGAAGGAACAUACGAUCUCGUCCUCGCUUCCAACGUUCUCCACGCCACUUCCGAGCUAGAAGAGAUGAUGAAGCAUGUCAGAAGUUUCCUCAAGCCUGGUGGUUUCCUCAUCAUUCUUGAGACCGUCAAUAACGACUGUUUACGUGUUGGGCUACCUAUGGGUGGUCUUCCUGGCUGGUGGCUUGGUGUAGAGGAUGGUCGACGAUGGGGUCCUACCCUUACCCUGCCGCAGUGGGAUUCUUUGCUUUGGAAGUGUGGUUUUGGUGGUAUUGAUACUACUACGCCGCCUGUUCACAAGAUCCUUCCUGGGCAUGUCUUCUGUGCUCAGGCUCUUGAUGAGCGUAUAGAGAUUCUGCGAUCGCCCUUGAACCAUCUCUCUAAUCUUCCUGAGACCAAGUCUACAGAUCUAGCCAUCGUUGGCGGAGAGACACUCAAGGUUCAUAGGAUAUGCGAGCAGAUUUCUCGACGCCUCAAGCCCAAGUACACCAACAUCGCACGUUUCAACUCUAUUGAGGAGCUCAACACCAAUGGCCUUGCAGACUCUUGCACUGUCCUGUCUCUCACCGAACCCGACGAGCCAGUGUUUGCCAACUUGACGUCUGCCAAGUUCGAGGCUCUGAGGACCUUGUGGAAACAGGGCGGAAGCAUCCUUUGGGUUACUUCAGGUGCCAGAGCUGAGAACCCUCACUCUUACAUGACCACUGGAGUCGGUCGCUGCAUGCGCUUCGAGUACCCCAACAUCACCCUUCAAGCCCUCGACAUCAAGACAAUGACCGACCGUACUCCCGAGCUCAUUGCAGACCAUCUUUUGAGACUGGAGCUAUUGGAUAAGUGGUCCAAGGAGCUUCGCUCAGAGGAGUUGCUCUGGUCUUUGGAACCUGAGAUCUACAUUGAGGAUGACACCAGUAUCGUUCCACGACUGUAUCCCUAUGAUUCUGGAAACGCGCGAUACAACGCCGAUCGCCGCAAUGUCAUCAAGGAUGCGAACCUUGAGAUUGACAAGGUUGUGUUUUCUGAGAGUGAGGGCAAGUGGGAGGUGCAGCAUGCUUCUCCUCUUCAUAUUCCUGAGGGAUUGCCCUUCUCUGCUAAGAUGAAGACCAUUCGCAUCACGCAUUUCUCGCCUGCUACUGUCAACGUUACUCCGGGUGUUAGCUUGAUGGCUUGCGUUGGUGUCGACACAGCUUCUAGCGAGCGAGUUCUCGCUGUCACUCACAUCGCGGAGUCUCCCGUUUCUGUCCCAACGGAUUGGUGCAUUCCCCUCGGAGAACUCGAUGCAGCUGAUACGCUAGCCAACGUCUCAGUUUUCCUGAUUGCCUCUAGCAUCCUCAAGCAUGUGGCCGCCGAGGAGACUAUUGUCGUCCAUGACGCUCCCUCUCAUCUUGCUUCUGCCUUGGAGGGUCUCGCUGAGGAAGCAUCUGUCACUGUCUUCUUCACCACUUCCGACAAGGCCAACACGAAGGGAUGGAAGUAUAUCGACAGCCACUUGCCUGAGCGUGUCAUCAAGGGAGUUAUUCCUAAGUCAGCCACCAAGUUCAUCAGCUUAUCGCAGGACGUCAAUGCGAAGGAUACUGGUCGAGUCAUCUCUGCAUGCCUCCCUCGAUACUGCGAGACCAUUAACGCAGAGCGGCUCUUUGCAUCAGGCAAGGACAUUCGCCAGUCCGUGUCCAAGGAAGAUGUUUCCAUUGUCUUCAACCGAGCUUUCUAUGAGGCCAAGUCGCUCUCAAGCACAGCUAUUGACGCAAGCCUGAUCUCCCUGAAGGACAUAUCUGGUGUCACUGCAGCUGAAGUCCGCUUCGCUGUCGUUGACUGCACUGAAUCUUCCAUCAAGGCCUCUAUUCAUCCUAUCGACGAUGGAAGGAUCUUCCAGGCUGACAAGACCUUCCUUCUCGUUGGUCUAUCAGGUGAGCUUGGUCAGUCUCUUUGCAAGUGGAUGGUCAAGCAAGGAGCUCGAAGCAUUGUGCUUACCAGUCGUCACCCUAACGUAUCUCAACACUUCCUUGGCGAAAUGGCUACUAUGGGCGCUACAGUCAAGGUUCUCCCGAUGGACGUAACCGAUCGCGACUCACUCCACGCAUGUGUCGACACCGUCAAGCAGACCCUUCCUCCUAUCGCAGGUGUCGUCAACGGUGCCAUGGUCCUUCGAGACGCGCUCUUUGACAAAAUGUCCUACGAAGACUUCAUGAAGGUUCUUAGACCCAAGGUCCUAGGCUCCCAGCUCCUCGACGAGAUGUUUUACGACACACCCCUCGACUUCUUCAUCUUCUUCUCCUCCACCACCGCCGUCAUGGGCAACAGCGGUCAGAGCAACUAUAUCGCCGGCAACAUGUUCAUGAAUGCCCUCGCAGCACAGCGCAAGAAGCGCGGUGUCGCCGCUUCUUCCAUUGAUAUCAGUUCCAUCAUUGGUCUAGGCUACGUCGAGAGGGCUGAAGAUCUGAGUGAGGAUACUUUUAUCAAGAUGGGCUACAGGCCCAUGUCGGAACAGGAUCUUCAGAAGCUGUUUGCUGAGGCUAUUGUUCUUGGAAGACCCGAGUGCGAUGAGGUUUGUGAGCUUGUGACGGGUGUUACACCUAUCUAUGAGGAUGCUCAGGCUGGUGAUCAGUACUUGAAGGAUGUCAAGUUUGGGCACUUCCUUAUGGAGCAUUUGGAUACACAGGCUUAUGCUGGAAAGACGUCUACUGUGCCUGUGAGAGUACAGUUGGCUGAUGUCAAGACCAGAGUUGACGCCGUGGCUAUCAUCAAAGAUUCCUUCAUUAUUCGACUCCGACGUGUUUUGGCUGUUGGCCCAGAUGAGAUCAUCAACGAGAAGGUCACCCUCGUCGAACAAGGUGUUGACUCUUUAAUGGCUGUCGAAAUCCGCUCGUGGUUCAUCAAAGAACUCGACGUUGACAUUCCCGUCCUCAAGAUCCUCGGUGGGAUGUCCGUUCCCGAUCUCAUCGAAGAAUCCCUCAAUCUCAUCUCCGACUCCAUCCUCGACGUAUCAUCUCUCGAAGCAGGCAGCGCACCAACCUCUCAACCCCCCAAUCCCACCCUCCAAAUAGCCCGCGUCACACCCCCCGAGAGCUCCCACGGCACAAGCGACGAGAGCAAGCAGCAAACCGGCUCUGAUUCCUCCCGCUCGCCAAUCGACACGCCCUUGACGUCAAUGGAGAGCCAAGAACCUGCCAAAUCGGAAGACAGUACGGACAACUCCACUCCCCUAAAGACCUUUCCUAACGAGCUGUCCAGCAUCAUGUCCUACGGUCAAGCAGGCUUCUGGUUUCUAAACGACUACCUCGUCAACAAGAGGGCGUUCAACAUGGCCGUCAUGUUGAAGCUCACGGGCCAGAUUCGCGUGCAGGCUUUGGAGAAGGCUGUGAAUCUUGUUGCGGAACGGCAUGAGAUUUUGAGGACGAGGUUCUUUUGGAGUGAUGAUGGUGAUGAGAGGACACCUUUACAGGGUAUUAACCCAGCGGAUCUAAAGUUGACGACGAAGAAAGUUGUUGACGAGGGAGAAGCUGAGAUGGAGUUGAAGAAGCUUCAUGAUGAGGAGUGGGAUUUGAGUGGUGGUGAAGGAGUCAAGAUCACUUUACUGUCGUUAUCGCAUAAUGUUCAUUUUCUUUUGUUGGGUAUGCAUCACAUUUACAUUGACGGAUACAGCUUCAGUGUGUUCUUCAAGGACCUUGAAGUUGCUUACACAAAACACACGCUCCCUUCUCUUCCAGUUGAGUCACAGUAUCGAUCUUUUGCACUUCAGCAACGACAGAUGUAUGCGAAUGGCGAUCUCACCAAGUCUAUUGAGUACUAUCGACGAAGCUUCCCCAAAGAGUUCACGCCUGUCGGACUCUUCCCCUUCGCUCUCACGCCUGCGAGACAGUUCGCCAACGACUAUUCUCAACAUGAGGCCAAGAUGAGUAUUGAUCCAGAACUCGCUACCAAGGUUCGACAACUCGCUCGCGUCAAUCGCUCAACUUCAUUCCACGUCUACCUCGCGGCCUUGGAACUUCUUCUCUUCACACUUAUCCCCAGCGCAGAGGAAGUCUUCAUCGGUAUCGCCGAUGCCAAUCGCGGCGACAAGAAGUUCAUGGGCAGUCUCGGCUUCUUCCUAAACCUCCUCCCUCUGCGCUUUGGGCGAAAGAGGCGCGGUACUCAACUCAGCUCAAUCAUCCAGACUGCCCGCGACACAGCAUACGGAGCACUUCAACACUCCCAACUGCCAUUCGAUGUUCUUCUUCGAGAGUUGAACGUUCCGAGAUCUGAUAAGUACACGCCUAUCUUCCAGGUCUUCAUGGACUAUAGACAGGUUGUUCAGGAGCGUUCGUCGUGGGGAGGUUGCAAGCUCCAUGGUGAGAAGUGGCAUAAUGCUGGCACGGGAUAUGACAUUGCUUUGGAGGUUACGGAGAACAUCACCACGGAUACUCUUUUGAGUAUGAGACUUCAGAAGCAGCUUUACUCUGAGGAGCACACUGCUCUUCUUCUUCGGUCGUAUUUGAGUGUGCUGGAGUACAUGGUCCAAGGGACUAACAAGGCUGCUGAUGCUGCGCCGGCUUGGUCGAAGGAUGAUCUCCAGGUUGCGUUAGAUGCCGGAAAAGCACCCGAGUUCCUACCAAAGUGGCAUUCAACCAUCAGUCAUCACAUCGACCAGAUCAUCCAGGCCAACGCUACCAAAGUCGCUCUCAAGGACGGCGGCGGCACUGUGCUCACGUAUGAGCAAAUGGGCAAGCGGAUCGAUUCCAUUGCUCAGGCUCUCGUCGACGCUGGAACUACGCAAGGCACAGUAGUCGGAGUCUUCCAAGAACCCUCCUCCAACUGGAUCUGCUCUCUUCUCGCCAUCUUCAAAGCUGGAGCAGUCUACGUUCCUCUCGAUCUACGCAACUCCAUCCCUCGUUUGACUAGCAUCGUCAAAGCCUCUCGGCCUUCGCUUAUCAUCACGGAUCACACGACUGAUGACAAGAUUGAGCUCAUUGGUGCCAAGUUCAUCACCAAGCUUCAACUAUCCAAGUUGGUCGAUCAGGAGUUCAAGGAGCCGAACCGCGCUAAGACUGGAUCCCUUGCUGUUAUUCUCUUCACUAGCGGCUCUACCGGUGAACCCAAGGGUCUCAUGAUGACGCAUACCAAUCUCAUGUCCUACGCCGAAGUCUCAAGCAAGACCUUCUCCAAACCUGAUGAGAAUCUCGUGGUCCUGCAGCAGAGUCCGUUCAGCUUUGACUUUUCACUUGAUCAGACCAUGGCUGCCUUGGCGAACGGUGGCUGCCUCUGCAUCGUGCCUGCGAGUAAGAGAGGUGAUCCCGAUGAGAUCAGCAAGAUCAUGGUCAAAGAGAGCGUUACUUACACUACUGCCACACCUUCUGAGUAUGAUUUGUGGCUGCGAUACAGUACCAGUACUCUACGACAAUGCACUUCGUGGAAGUACGCUUUCUCUGGCGGCGAGGCGAUGAGCCACAAACUAGCCCGCGAGUUCGGAACCUUGAACUUGGCGAACCUUCACGUCUUCAACGGGUAUGGACCAGCUGAGACGACAAUCCUCUCACAUCGCAUCGACCUCAAGUACACGGACCCUGAGCUUCCUGACCCGCUUCCCGCAGGUUAUCCCAUGCCUGGUUUUUCAAUCUGCAUCGUCGAUGAGAAGAUGCGGCCUGUUCCUCUUGGUGUGCAGGGUGAGAUUGUCCUCGGUGGUCCAUGUAUCGUCUCUGGUUAUCUCAACAUGUCUGACUCCACCAAAGACAAGUUCUUGCCGGAUACCUUCUUCGGAACUAGUGGAAAGGUAUACCGCAGUGGAGAUCGUGGGCGUCUAUGCCACGAUGGUUUGCUGUUCUGCGACGGUCGUCUUGAAGGCAGCAACAUGAUCAAACUUCGAGGUUUCCGCGUUGAAUUGGAUGAAGUGGAAAAGACUAUCAUCAGUCACUCUUCUGGUGCACUUUCUCACGCUGUCGUAACUCUCCGAGGCAGUGAGGAAGGUCGCUACCUAGCAGCCCAUGUUGUCUUUGCUCCCGAAUUCCCAGAGCACAAUCGAGAAAGCAUCAUGAAAGCGCUCCGCCAAACCCUUCCUCUUCCUCCCUACAUGCGCCCUUCCGUCUUCCAGAUCCUCGCCGACAUUCCGCGAACAGCUCAUCUCAAGAUCGACAGAAAGGCCAUUCAAGAAAUGCCCGUCCAGGUCUCCGAUUCUCACGACUCCGGCACUUUGACCAUCGCUGAACAUAGACUGAGUGAGCUUUGGCGUCGAGUCUUGCCUCUCGAUCCUGGUUCUCUUUCUCCCGAGUCUGACUUCUUCCUCAUUGGAGGAAACUCUAUUCUUUUGGUGAAGCUACAGGCGUUGUUGAGGCAGACAUUUGAGACUGCGCCUAAGCUUGUUGCGCUUAUGGGUGCUAGUACGCUUGGUGCUAUGGCUGUUGUUCUUGAGAACUGUGGAUCUGUUGGUGUCAUCGACUGGGACAGAGAGACUGCGCUGCCAGAUGAUCUUCGAGCUGCUGCGACGCUGCGCACAGUCAGCAAGACAAAAGACACCACGGUGCUUCUCACUGGCUCGGCGGGAUAUCUCGGUCGUCAUCUUCUGCCAGCGCUCGUCAAGGACUCUCGAGUCACACGAGUUCAUUGUCUGGUCCGUUCCAUGAACAACGAGAAACUGAGUCACAGUUCCAGCACAAAAGUCCGAGUUAUUGAGAGCGACGUGUCCAAGCCCAAUCUUGGCCUUUCCGACUCAACUUACUCCCGCCUUGCUGAUGAAACAGACGUCAUCAUUCACUGCGCAGCCAACAGAUCCUUCUGGGACAGAUACGAAGUUCUCAGGCCGGACAACGUGGAUUCGGUGAAAGAGUUGGCCAAGCUCGCCGCUGCUUCUGGUCGCUCGACCCCGUUGCACUUUUUGUCAUCAGGAGCUGUGAAGAUGUAUGAUGGAGAUGGUGCUACACCACCGACUGAUGGUAGUGACGGUUAUGUGGCUACCAAGUGGGCUUCGGAGACAUUCCUGCAAAACGCAGCUGGUUCAAUUGGUCUUCCCAUCUACACUCACCGUCCCACCGUGAGCAGCACGUCGCAAACUAAGACAGACCAAGCCUCAAUCAUCAACGAACUCAUCAGCAUCGUCAAGUCCCUUGGCGUCCGACCAUCUUUCGAAGGAGUCACCGGCUCAGUGGAUGUACUGCCAAUUGGCGACAUUGUCAUGGCCAUCCAGGACUCUGUCCUGAGCUCGAGUGCUGGUGGAGAGGGAUACAACAUUGUGCAACAUGAAGCACAUCAACGUGCUUUCGUGGAGGAUUUCGCAGCUGUGGUGCGUUCUGACGAUACUUUAAACAAACUUCCUAGUAUUUCUAUCUUAGACUGGUUUGGUAAGGCGAAGAAGGCUGGUUUUUCUUAUUUCCUUGCGUCUCAGGAUUUGGUCAUGGGUUCAGGCGAGGGUCACUUGGUUUCAAGGCGUUGA